AUGGAAUUAUUGUUAUUAAACUGUGAUUCAAAAGCAGUAGCAAAAUAAGUUAAAAUCAUUAUUUUUAAUAUAAUUUUUUAAAUCAUCAUGGACAAAUUGAUUCAAUAAAAUGAUUCUAAAGAUAAUAAAAAUGGACAAUAAAACAACACAAAUGAUCAAAGAAAUUAAAACAAUGAUCAACCAUAACCAUAAAAACCAUAAAAACCAUAAAAACCAGAGAGAAUGAUCUUGAGAAUGCAAACUGGUAAAGAUGGUAUGAACUUUGAGAGUAUGGCUGAAGAAUCUGAAUAAAAGAAUAAUAUUUCUAAGAUAUUAAAAGAAGUUCUUUCAUAGUGA